CAAAAAUUUAAUCCUAUUUAGUACAAAGAAUAAUCGCUAGAGGCGUUGAAAUUAGUGAAACGUGUUCCUGGUAGAAGGCUGAUUAAUACAUAUCUUUGCUCCGUGCGAAGAGAGAGUUCGUUUGUGCUGCGCGCGCUGUGCUGUAGACAAUAGACCUACUCAGCGAUCGCGUUAAAAGUGUGUGUGCCGUGGUUUGUGCACCAGUGGGGUGAUCAACUUAUUUCUGGAUUAUAAAAAGGCUGGAGCAGAGAAAGAAGGAUUUUGAAUAGCAUGUUUAGUGUACUUUUGGACAAGGCGUAACAUGUUUGUAUGUGUUUCUAUUUUUUUUUUUCAUUAUUACAAUAAUAGUCCAUGUUUUUUAAGUGUCACCCACAAUCAUCCAAGGAAAAGUAUAAGGUAAACAAAAUAUCACCAGCUACAGAUACAAAAAUAUGUUCUUGAAUAAUUAAUAUUUAAGAAAUAAUUAAGAAUUCCUCUUAAUUAAAAAAAAACUGUACAGCCUGAAAUCACUGUGCCCCCUCCGCAACAUCUCAUCACUUUGACAGUCUCCCUCCCCGCAUCUUCACCUCCCCCUCUGAAAAACCGCAGGCACAUCCUCCAUCUCACGCCUCAACAGAACCCAGCCUUUAAAACUUACCCCUCCACUCCUCUUCGACAGUCCCCCUCCUUCCAGACGCGUCACACCAUACCCACCACGUCUACCACUAGCAUCACCACUAGAGUCGGUGUGAACCUGCACACGCCUUGCUAUUGGUCCAACAAGUGACAGACUCGACCCAAUCCGCGUGAGCCUGGCUCAUUAACACGAAGGAGCGGGGAGGAGGGGAUGGGCUCUGGGUGUUAAAGCCAUCGGCUUGAGGCUCCGUAUAGUUCCCUCACACCCGUGGAAGGGAGAGGAAGGUGGCAAAAGUGACGCUUUGCUGUUGUCGACGUCCCCUUAACGCCACCACCAUCACCACUGUCACCACCCGCCGUCAGUUCUUGCACUGUGGGCAGCUUCUCAACACUGACGCAACUCUACGUGUUAACGCAGCGCGUUUGUUGUGUUCGCGAGAAACAAAAGGUGUGCAAUUAGUUGUCUCGAGCAGUGGGGCUCAGUGUUUGUGUAGUGAGAAGACGCCAGCCGGAGAACUAUGGACGCAGGAGUAUUGAGACUUGUUUCUGUUGUGAUUCUGUAGGUCCUGUGAUGCCAGUAGACGCUACAAGCACGAACAAUGAUUCCAUCUUCACGGAGUAAGGUCCGAGGAAGAGGAAGAUUAUCUGAUGAGAAUGAUGGCCGUUGGAAGACUGUAGGCUCACACUACUUGCCGUUAAAACUGUGUUGCGGUGUGGACUCACACUGAGAGAUCCAUCAGCUUCCUCCAUGAGAUUCGAGCAGUCAGACGUCAUCACGCCGCCAUCUGCCACCUCUACGUCACGGACGUCAAUUGCCGAGGCGUCUUCUACGAUGGCCUACCAUCCGUUCUUGCUUCAAAGACCAACAGACUUCAGUGUGAGUUCUUUGCUCACAGCUGCUGGAGGGGGUGGUGGAGGAGGGGGUGGCAAUUCGACAACAUCCGGGGGCGGCAGCACCAGCCCCACAGGAGGCACCACAACCCCUUCUGGGGACCCGACAGCAGCUGUCGCCGCGGCGCAUCACCAGUACUUCCCCGCGGCAGCUCUUGCAGCUGCGGCCGCUGCGUCGUUCGGCGCCGCUGCCGCAGGCCCUGGGGGUUGUUACCCUGGCACACUGAUUCCAAAGUUGCCACAUCAUCCUCCACAUCAUCCACCGCCCCCACCACCCCAUCAUCACCCUGGUUUGCCACCCGGACAUCCGUACACGACGGCAGAGGACGUGGUGCUGGCAGCGGCGGCCGCAGCUGCGGCCCACCAUCACCAUCCCGCCAUGCGGCCUCUGAGGGCCAUUCAGCCUGAAGACGACGGCGUGGUGGACGAUCCCAAGGUCACUCUGGAAGGAAAGGACCUGUGGGAGAAGUUCCACAAGCUGGGCACUGAGAUGGUCAUUACGAAGUCAGGGAGGCGCAUGUUCCCUGCCUACAAAGUUCGGGUAACAGGACUUGAUAAAAAGGCCAAAUACAUCCUACUUAUGGACAUCGUGGCAGCUGAUGACUGCAGAUAUAAAUUCCACAACAGUCGGUGGAUGGUGGCUGGGAAAGCAGACCCCGAAAUGCCCAAAAGGAUGUACAUCCACCCAGAUUCCCCAUCCACGGGGGAACAGUGGAUGCAGAAAGUGGUGUCGUUCCACAAGCUAAAGCUUACCAACAACAUCUCGGACAAGCACGGCUUUGUAAGUACUACUAUCCUGAACUCUAUGCACAAAUAUCAGCCGAGGUUCCAUCUGGUGAGAGCUAACGACAUCCUGAAGCUGCCCUAUAGCACGUUUCGUACGUACGUGUUCAAGGAGACAGAGUUCAUAGCCGUAACAGCAUACCAGAACGAAAAGAUUACGCAGUUGAAGAUCGACAACAAUCCGUUCGCGAAAGGGUUCAGGGACACUGGAGCGGGCAAACGUGAGAAAAAAAGACAGGCGCUGUUGGCAGCUCAGAGGCACCAGGACGAACAGCGCCUAGCAGAGCACCACGGGGGCAGCAAACACUCUAGGGGGCCCACGUCCGUGCCUCCCGACACGCAGCACCACCAUCACCGUGCCGGGGACCCUGACGAGGAGAAACUUUUGGACGUGGUGGGCACGUCGGACCUUCCCUUGCACCCUCAUCUGCCACACCACCUCUCCGCACACCACCAUCACCACCCCCAUCCAGCAUGGUUUUCUUUGUCUGCAGCGGCCGCAGCUGCAAGCUCUGACCCUCUGGCUGCAGAGGAAGCAAUGCGGCGUCGACUACAAGGGACGCAGCCACAGGAAGACAGCGAGAGGGAUGCCAACAGUGACAAUAGCAGUUGUUCGGAGUCUGUAGGGGCUGGCAGCACCUCCACGACAGCCUUCAGACCCUCCGCCAGUGCAUCGCCAGGACUCAAGGACACCCUUAGCUCUACUGCUGGUCCCUCCGGCCAACAUCACUCUACAUCCAGUGACUACCCCUCACCGAAUAUCUCGGUCGGUCCACCAAUUCACCCCCCUCCACAUAUACUGCCAUAUUUGUACCCCCACGGGUUCUACCCUGGUGCCUCAGGAGGACACCCUCUUCUAGCACCAGGACCUCCUCUGUCCUUGUUCACAGGAGCAGCGGCAGGACACGGAGGUCCUGGUAUGAACCCUAGCUUACUGUUCAAUGCACAGCUUGCAUUGGCGGCUCAGCACCCCGCACUGUUUGGCCAUGCAGCGGCGUACACAGCUGCGGGCCUGACACACGCCCACCACCCACACCACAUCACUGCUUCAGGGUCCCCCACAGGGGCACUGCACCACCAGCUGAAGGCAGGGGUCCACCGGUUUACGCCUUAUACCCUACCUGUUGUCCCCCCCACGUCUAACUCUCUAGGCGGGUCGCCUCUAGGAUCUGCAUUCGAGACUGUGACCCCAGGCUCAUUACACAACAGUCAUAGCAACGCCAUCUUGCCCAAUGCUGGCAGCAGAAGUUUGAGCAGUAGUCCCACACCUUCUGGGAACAAGCCAUCCGUUACGUCUCCACCACCCCCACCACUGUCGAGAUCGCCGCCAUCUUCAGGUGAUGUGACACCCACUGUAGCGAAUUCUACACCUCCAACAGGGAGUAGUUCUACAACAGCAAGUGAACUAAAGAGUAUUGAGAAAAUGGUGAACGGGUUAGAAGUAAAACCGAACAGUAACAGUGAGCAUGUGACAUCACCGACAAAGUGUAGUGACGACAUAAAAUGAGGGGAGUUGGAGGGGGGAGCAGUACUCCUUGGACGAUGAGAAAGCUGAUAUGAUGCCAUAAUCCUCCCUCCUCUGCCUUUCUCUUCUUACUUUUCUUAAAAUAAAAUUAAAAGUACUGUGUCACUCACUUCUAGAUGGUUAACAUCGCCGCCAUUUUGAGAAAGUGCAGCACAUGAAACAAUCGAGUGUCGAGUGUGAACUAAACACUAGAUACAGUAAGUAAUGUCUGUAUAUAUAAGAAAAACAAAAUUUAAAAAAUAAGAAAUAAAAUAUUAUAAAUUAUGUACUAUAGAUUGGAUUAUGUGUAAAAGUACGCGCUGUUCAGUUUUUAUUUAUACCAAAGAGUAUGUUUGUUUAUAUAACACAGACUGUGUUUUGUUUCGUAAGUCACUUAUGUCCAAACUCUGCUUAUAUGCUAUCCCCCUGUGCGUUAUGUGUAUAGAACAUUAAUACAGAUAUAAGUUUAAAAUGUAAAAAAAGGAAAUAAUACUUCUGCAAUUAGAAGUGACAAAUUUUAUGCUAUGGGGUACAGUUCGACCAAAAGAUUAAUAUGAUAUACGGUGAGAAAUUUUGCACGAUAUCUGUUCAGUCAUCCACCCCUAUAUGUCUGCAUGUCUUCAUGAACCAUGAAAGUAUUUUUUUAUUUUAGAGUUCUACUCAUAACGGCCUAAUCAAAUGUAUCGAUUAUUUUAAGUUAUGAAUCCUAUUAAAAUUUAACAACUUUGUAAUCAUCAUACUUCUGGAAAGAUACAUGAAAUUUUGGUUCCAAUCUCGACUUGGACAUGAGCCAUUAUUAUUGAGGUCUUUCGUGGUUUUCUGGGUCUUCCCAUAAAAAUUUUCGAUUAGUACAUUAAAUUAGGCCAUGACCACUUCCUUCCAUAUCCUUUCUAGUAUAAAUUAUUAUCCAUUUACUAGAAACUAUGGACUUAUUUUAUGAGUUUACAACAGCGUUAUGUAAUAAACAACAAAGCAAAAUACGAGCUAUAAUUUCCAGUUGUUUACAAUUUGUUUGACCAAUUAGCUAUAUAGCGAGUUUUAAAUAUAUUACAUCAUUAUGUUUAUGAUAUGCCGAUGUAAAUGACUUAUGAUCAAAUGGUAGUCUUCACAUGAAAUUCUCCGACAUUUGUUCGAGGUUGUUGUGUUAAAAUCAGAAGUUAAACCUACCACUGGAAAGGGAGUUACAUAACUUGUUUUCUUGCUUGCCUCAUUCCUCGACCCUGAAAGUUACAACCAUAAGAUCUUGCUCUUCAAAUUCAAAGCUGUGAAAUCCUAAGCUCUGAAAAAUUAUACAUAGUUCUCGUAUCCACUAAACAAUUUCUGUUCUACUACAGUAUCCAACACCAUGAUUCUUUGUGACUACGCGAAGCAUGAAGGGCAGUAUUACCGUUUUCUUCACUGACAUGCAGAAGACACAUGUUUUCUAAUUUUUCCUGCUUUAAUUAACUGAAGUAUCAUUUGAAUUACAAACAAAAACACAGCAGCUGCCUUCGUUAGUGCCCUAGUGGCCUGCGAACCCUUUUUUACCUUACACAUGCCUGUCAGUGGGUUUGGCUAGCUAGUAGUGACGUAUGAUGAGCAGUUUUCUUUGUUAAGUGUCUGGUAUAACGGGAAAGCGUAGCAGGCAAUUAUCGCAUCUGAAUUCAAUUCCCUUCAACCUUUCGUAUCCAUGUAAGAUUUGAGGCUUUCACGGCGGUGACUAUGAAGAAAGCAGUCUUCUGGGAUUUGGCACCGUGUAUA